AUGACCGAGUGGGACAACGCAGCUCCCUCCACUUGGGACGAGCCCGCCCCUAUUGACACCGCUGGUUGGGUUGACAGCACUGCCGCUGCUACCGCUGACACUGGUUAUUCCGGCAUGGAUCCCGAGUCGAUCUCCAAGCACGACGGUGGCCUCGACGUUGAUACCUGCCGCAAUUGCCACCAAGCCGGUCACUUUUCCCGUGACUGCCCCGAGCCUCGCCAGAUGUCUGGUGAAUGCUUCAACUGCGGCGAGACUGGACACAACAAGGCAGACUGCACCAACCCCAAGGUUGAACGUCCUUUCACUGGAACCUGCCGCACCUGCGGUGCUGAGGGUCACCGCUCCUCGGAGUGUGCUGAUGCUGUCUGCAAGAAGUGCUCUGGCACUGGUCACACUGCAGCCGCAUGCUCGGAGAAGUACAACCUCUAUCCCGAGGGCCUCGCCUACACCGAUGAUGCCGACAAGGCCUGGGAGAACCUGCUCGCCGCCGACGCCACUGGCGAUGUCGAUGAUUUCAUCCAGGCCUUCUGGAUGUACUGCAAGGUUGCCCCGGAGCUCACCCUUGUCCAGCUCGAGGAGUGCUUCCGUGAGACUGAAUUCAAGUACUACCUGAUCGCAAAGGAGCAGACUGUCCCGUCUCCCGUUCACACCAAUGUCGACCUCCAGGGCAACUCAAACAAGAAGUACCAGGUCUCGUUCCAGAAGACCUCCAAGCCUCGUCGUGCCAUCCUCGCCGAGGGCUGGCCCAAGACCCCCGAAGAGAACCUCGAGCGUCUCAACGAUGCUGGCUUCUCGAUGGACAACUUGAAGCCGUACUGCACUAACUGCGAGCAGUCCGGCCACUCGAUGAAGACCUGCCCUGAGGAGAAGCAGGUUGUUGAAAAGCCCAAGGUCACUUGCUCCAACUGCAGCACCGAUGGCCACUACGUUCGCGAUUGCCCUGAGCCUCGCGCUGUCCGUGGUGGCGGUGGCGAUGUCGAGUGCAAGUUCUGUGGCGAACAGGGCCACUUCGUCAAGGACUGCCCUACCAAGCCUGCCGAGAAGUGUCGUAACUGCCAGAAGGAGGGCCACCGUGCUUCAGACUGCACCAACGAGCGCGUCAUUAUCUGCCGUAACUGCAGUGUUGCUGGCCACACCGGUCGUGACUGCCCUGAGCCUACUAACAUGGACAACGUCACUUGCCGCAACUGCGACAAGACCGGCCACUUCUCAAAGGAGUGCUCCGAGCCUAAGGACUGGAGCAAGGUUCAGUGCCGCUUAUGCAACGAGAAGGGUCACGGCGCUGGUCGUUGCCCUAACCCCACUGCUGGCGAGGAUUACACUGCUAGUGCUGGUCCUGCUGGAGUCGCUGCUGAGGGCGACUGGAUGGCAGACACUCCUGCCGCUGGUGCCGGUGCCGAGUGGAACUCUGCUGCUGCUGAGGUUAGCGCCUGGUAA